AUGGCCGUCACCCCCGCCAGGGCCACCCGCUCCUCCCCUCGCAAGCGCGCCCCCACAUCGCCCGCCGCCGCCGCCGCUGACGACGACUCGCCCCUGUCCUCUGCCGACGAGCAGUACUCGGCACCGUCGCCGACCCGCAAGACCAAGGUCAAGAAGGAGCAGUCGCCCGCCGCCGCAUCGCCGCAGAAGACGACCGGCUUGACGCCCCUGUCCGCCUCGGCGCUGAAGAAGCAGUCGCUCUACACGGCCGCGCGCGAGGCCGGCACGCCCUUCCCGCACUGGGUUCGCCCGACGCCCGCCGAGGCGCAGGAGGUGUGCGACCUCCUCGGGAGCGUGCACGGCGUCCCCGAGCGGCCCAAGGUGCUCGUCGACCGCGAGGACGCGCCCGCCGGGUGCGGCCAGGUCCCGAGCGUCCUCGACGCGCUCGUGCGCACCAUCCUGAGCCAGAACACGUCGAGCCGCAACUCGACCGCGGCCAAGCAGAGCAUGGACGCGGCGUACGGGCGCGCCGGGUACCGCGCCGUGCUCGACGGCGGCGAGGCCAAGCUCGAGGAGGCGAUCCGGUGCGGCGGCCUCGCCAAGAACAAGAGCAAGGCCAUCAUGGGCGUUCUAAAGCGCGCCGAGGAGCGCAACGUGUACGACCAGGGCCUCAAGCCGGGCGAGGGCGAGCUGAGCCUCGACUGGCUCCACGAGCUCGACGACGACGACGCCAUGCGCGAGCUCGUCAGCUUCGACCUCGUCGGGCCCAAGACGGCGUCCUGUGUGCUCCUGUUCUGCCUCGGCCGAGACUCGUUUGCUGUCGACACCCACGUCCACCGCAUCACCCAGUCGCUCGGCUGGCUGCCCCCGAACGGCUCGCCGCCGACACGCGACCAGACCUUCUACCACCUCGACCACCGCCUCCCGAAUGACCUCAAGUACGCGCUGCACUGCCUCAUCGUCAGCCACGGCCGCGGGUGCGACCGGUGCGCGGCGGGCUCAACCUCGCAGGACUUUGUCGACACGUGCCCGAUCGACCACCUCGUGCGCCGCACCAAGGGCAAGGCGACCGGGCGCAGCAGUGCCGGGUCGUCGCCGGCCAAGGGCGCAGGCGCCGGCGCCGGCGCAGCUGAGCCGCUCGAGGACGCGGCCGAGAAGGAGCUCAAGCCGGCGGUGUCGACCGACGAGGACGAGGGCGAGGGCGGCAGCGACGAGGACUUCAAGCCGUCGACGACGACGCCGCGCAAGACGCCGGUCAAGCGUGGGCGUGGGCGGGCCGGAGGAGCAGGAGGAGCAGACGCCGUCAAGGAGGAGGACGUCGACGACGAGGCCAAGGUGACGCCGUCGAAGCGCAUCAAGCGCAGCGCGUCGCAGGACGACGACGACGCCGAGAAGCCUCCGACGCGGUCGCCGAGCAGCAGGAAAAAGGCGGCGGCGGCGCCGGCGUCGGCGACCAAGAGCAAGAGGGCCCAGGCGGCCGAGGAGAGCGUCGCGAGGGACGCGGCCGAGAUGGGAGGGCGCAAGUACAACAUGCACGGGCUCGACCUGUAGCUCGUCGUCGUCGUCGUCGUCGCCCUCGAUGAAACGCAGAACCUCGUCGUCGUU